CUUCUGCUCACUCUGCCACUUUUAGCACUUAUUGUUCAAUUAUUAACUUAAUCUUCUAGGCCAACAUACUAUAUAUAUGAUGUUGGUUCUCAAAACUAUACAUUUGUUCAUUUUUGUGGUUGAAUGGAACAAGUGGGGCUUGUAACAUUGCUACGAGCGGCAUGGCUCCUUGCUACUUUGCCGAUUGUUGCAGUAUGGUUGCAGUUACCUGGCUUUCGUUGGUUACAUGGAGCUAUAUUGGGGCUCGCUAAGAGAGGCAAGGCUUUAAAGUCCAACACUAAUCUAACCGUGCCUCAUAGUUUCUUCUCUCACUUUUAUGUGGUGGGCACUUUGUGGACGACUAUGCUGCUUGUUGCAGUAUGGUCUUAUGCAAUGAUGAUCGAUCAGCAGGAUCACCUUAACAAAUCUUUGCCCGUGUACGAUGUUUGGCUAUCCGUAUUUAUGCUUUCGCUGAUGGAAGCACAAGUUGUGCGACGCUUUUAUGAGUCCGUCAACGUUUUUAACUACAGUCCAUCAGCUCGAUUGCAUAUCACUACUUAUUUAUUGGGCGUAUUUUACUAUAUAGCAACUCCGUUAUCUCUAUGUUGUACUAUUACACCUGAAAUGUUGGACUUUGUGAAGAAUCUGGAUAUUACAGAAUUAAACAUGUUGAGAACCAAGUUUGAUAUAUGGUUGUUGUUUACUCCUUUGUUGAGGCUUCGAUGGUAUACGUGGAUAGGUGCAGUUAUAUUCUUAUGGGGUUGGGUACAUCAGUUUCGUUGUCAUGUAAUUCUGGGUUCCUUGCGAAAUAAGCCUGAAAACCUGAAUGAGUAUGCUAUUCCUCAUGGCGAUUGGUUUGAAUAUGUCUCCUCAGCACACUAUACGGCUGAAAUUGUCAUCUACGGUGGUCUUCUGGUGGCUAGUGGUGGGAGAGAUCUCUCAUUGUGGUUACUUUUUGCAUUUGUGGUAGCAAAUCUUGGUUUUGUAGCAACGUUAACACAUGCAUGGUACCUGCAAAAAUUCGAUGAUUACCCUCGGAAACGGCGUGCUAUUUUCCCGUUUGUUUUUUAAAGACUCUCUAGGUUAUAAGUGUUGAAAGUAACUCAAAAUAAAAGUUAGUUGUGAAGUAUGUUAGGAACAUGGAUAUCACGUGUAUGGAAGUCCAGUUUUAAUUUAUUCAAAUAAGUAAACUAGUGGUCAA